UUGCAAGACAGCCAGGAGGAGCCCCUCACACAACCCCUCCACUCCAGCUUGGGACAAGUGACAAUCAACACCAUCAUCAUGCUAGCUACAUGCUUAUCUCAUAAUCAUGCAUCAGUAACCAAAGAUGCGAGAUGUGUGUCCAUGGCAUCCUUCCACCAUCCUCUCUCCCACUUAUAAAUACUCCUUAACCCCUCACCCUCCAUUCUCCAAUCUCCAUCGACUCACUCUUCAUCAGAUCGAGCUAGCAAUCGAGCUACCUGUCCUAGCUUGCCAGCCGGCCAUGGCUGCGCACGUGGACCCGCUCGUGGUGGGGAGGGUGAUUGGCGACGUGGUGGACCUGUUCGUGCCGACGGUGGCCAUGUCGGUGCGCUUCGGCACCAAGGACCUCACCAACAGCUGCGAGAUCAAGCCGUCCAUCACUGCCGCCGCACCCGCCGUCCAGAUCGCCGGCAGGGCCAACGACCUCUUCACUCUGGUUAUGACUGAUCCAGAUGCUCCCAGCCCCAGCGAGCCAACCAUGAGGGAGUGGCUUCACUGGCUGGUGGUUAACAUACCAGGUGGAACAGAUCCUUCUCAAGGUGAGGAGGUGGUGCCGUACAUGAGCCCGCGGCCGCCGGUGGGCAUCCACCGCUACGUGCUGGUGGCGUACCAGCAGAAGGCGUGCAUCGCGGCACCGGCUGCUGCCGCGCCGGGGGCUGAGGCGGCGCGCGAGCGGUUCAGCACCCGCGCCUUCGCCGAUCGCCACGACCUGGGCCUCCCCGUCGCCGCCAUUUACUUCAACGCGCAGAAGGAACCCGCCAACCGCCGCCGCCGCUACUGAUCGAUCGACCGACCGACCGACCGACAAUAAGCCAAGAAGCUAACCGCCGUGCGUGCGUGAUCGGUCGUCAGCGUCUAAGAACAAAAAAUAGGCUUCCUAGUUGUCUGUCCUUGUGCUGUCUACUCUUGGUCUGGACUGUUUGUAUGAGCUUGUGAUUGUGAUGUAUCCUCUUUCUGGUGUUUAAUCUGUUAACUAGCAAUCUAAAUUAAGUCUUCGAUCGUCAAAGUUGCUUCUCAAUCUGGUUAUUAGUUAUUCAUCGCGAGA